AACAGGAUGUCCUUUUCUAGUAACUGCUCUUUCCUGAUGAUAUGUCCAAUGGAAGCGAGCCAAAGUCUCGCCAUCAUCGCUUCUACGCAGCAUUCAAAGUUAUGUUCUCCCCAUUUUUCCAUGCUGCUAAUUUCCAGAACGGGGAGAACUGAUUUCAAAAGGGAGCUGAAGUUUUUAGACUUUAGCAUGGUUAGGAAGAGAAACAGGGCUGGGAGAACAGAGAUGCUGCUAAUGGUAUUUAUAAAACUUUGGCAUUUUAACACAAACGAUCUGAAGGAUAAUCCACAUUUCAACAUAGAGCACAGAAAUGAAAAGUAAAAGUAAAACCUUUUAUAACAAUAGUUUAGUAAUGGCAGCCACUAACGCAGUUUGCAGGGAUUCUAAAUACAUUAUUUAAAACACAGAUGUUGAAUUCAGCGUGCUAAACGCCAGCUCAGCAGGCGGCAAUGCACUCACAAUGCAUGAGCACAGGGUUAAUAAGCCGAUCCCCCCACAGCUAGAGAACUCAAACAGAUGACGACAGGGGUGUUAAUCAUUUCCUUACCAGGCAAUCUUAGUCACAGGUUCCUGCUAAAAGUGAAAUCACCCCUCUGGUUUACAUUUAAAAACUUUUCACUCAGUUCAUGUUGCGAUUUCUCCCUUCUAGGUUAAGCACAUGGAAAUCUGCUGGGCAAUUCUGUUUUCAGCACCAUUUCCAUUUGUUGCUCCCACAAGGUGGGGUUUAUCUGAUAGCGCAGUGGAUGGAAACUUCAGAAUAAAAUUAAAUGGCUGAAGGCUGAGCAGAGUUUAUGCCGGCUGUGGUUAUGAAGAGGGGAGAACAUCGUAUCCACUGUGUUUUGAGCAAUGGAAUGUUAAUGGGGGAGCAACUGACUUACGCUGGACCCGAAAGUCAUGGAGCUGGGCCCGGACAUCUUGUCCCAGAAAUCCUGGAUUGAAGGAGUAUUCGACAAGAGAGAAUGCAACAAAGUCAUACCCAGCUCAAAAGACCCUCAAAGAUGUACUGGAGAGUGCCAGGUCUGCCAGAAUUUAGUCAGGUGUUAUUGUGGGCGAUUGAUUGGAGAGCAUAAUGGAGUAGAUUAUCCCUGGAGCGUCUCAGCUGCCAAGAGUGAUGAAAAUGAACAAUGGUCUGUUGAAAAGCACACGACAAAAAGCCCUACGGAUAGCUUUGGCACUAUUAAUUUCCAAGAUGGAGAGCAUACCUACCAUUCCAAGUAUAUUAGAACUUCUUAUGAUACCAGGCUGGAUCAUCUGUUACAUUUAAUGUUGAAAGAGUGGAAGAUGGAACUGCCAAAGCUGGUGAUCUCUGUCCACGGGGGUAUCCAGAACUUUAAGAUGCCAUCCAGACUUAAAGAGAUAUUCAGCCAAGGUUUGGUCAAAGCUGCAGAGACCACGGGAGCAUGGAUACUGACUGAAGGCAUUAAUACCGGCGUGUCCAAGCAUGUUGGGGAUGCCCUGAAAGCCUAUUCCUCGCAAAAAAUCUGGACAGUUGGAAUCCCUCCUUGGGGUGUCAUUGAGAACCAGAGAGAUCUUAUUGGAAAAGAUGUGGUGUGCUUGUACCAGACUCUGGACAACCCCCUCAGCAAGCUCACCACACUCAAUGGCAUGCACUCACACUUCAUCCUGGCUGAUGAUGGGACUGUGGGCAAGUAUGGAUGUGAAAUGAAGCUCAGGAGAAAUCUGGAAAAAUACCUAUCUCUGCAGAAGAUACACAGCUGUACAAGACAAGGUGUACCCGUGGUGGGUCUGGUGGUGGAAGGAGGCCCCAACAUGAUCCUCUCAGUGUGGGAAACUGUGAAGGACAAUGACCCAGUGGUGGUGUGCGAAGGCACAGGCCGAGCUGCUGACCUCCUGGCCUUCACCCACAAACACAUAGUGGAUGAAGGGACUCUACGUCCUCAGGUGAAAGAGGAGAUCAUCUGCAUGAUGCAGAGCACUUUCAACUUUAGUCUAAAACAGUCCAAGCACCUCUUUAAAAUUCUAAUGGAGUGUAUGGUACACAGGGAUUCUAUUACCAUAUUUGAUGCUGAUUCUGAGGAGCAACAAGACCUAGAUUUAGCAAUCCUAACAGCUCUAUUGAAGGGCACAAAUUUAUCAGCAUCAGAACAAUUAAAUCUGGCAAUGGCCUGGGGCCGAGUGGACAUUGCCAAGAAGCACAUUCUAAUUUAUGGACAACAUUGGAAGCCUGGCUCACUGGAACAAGCAAUGUUAGAUGCUUUAAUGAUGGAUCGGGUAGAUUUUGUGAAACUCUUAAUAGAAUAUGGAGUGAACCUUCAUCACUUUCUUACCAUCCCCCGCCUGGAAGAGCUCUAUAAUACCAAACAAGGACCUACUAAUAUGCUCUUACAUCAUCUUGUCCAAGACGUUAAACAGAAUAUCCUUUUCUCAGAAUACAAAAUCACACUGAUUGACAUUGGAUUGGUAAUAGAAUACCUCAUUGGUGGAGCAUAUCGCAGCAGCUACACUAGAAAAAAUUUCAGAAUGCUGUACAACAACCUCUAUAGAAAACGCAAGCAGACAGUGACCAGCUUUGCUCAAAGACUUUCUCAGCCCUCCCUUCACCAGAGAUGGACCUCAGGAAACAGGAAAGAGUCUGUGGAAAGCACGUUGCAUUCUCAAUUCAUUAGAACCGCCCAGCCUUACAAACUCAAGGAAAAGUCUACAGCCCUUCAUAAAUCAAGGAAGAAGUCAAAAGAACAAAAUGUGUCAGAGGACCCUGAGUCUACUGGCUUUAUUUACCCUUACAAUGACCUGCUGGUUUGGGCUGUGCUCAUGAAAAGGCAGAAGAUGGCCAUGUUCUUCUGGCAACACGGCGAGGAGGCCACGGUUAAGGCUGUGAUUGCUUGUAAACUCUACCGAGCAAUGGCCCGUGAAGCUAAGGAGAGCAACAUGGUGGAUGAUGCCUCUGAAGAGUUGAAAAAUUACUCAAAACAGUUUGGCCAGCUUGCCCUGGACAUGUUGGAGAAGGCAUUCAAGCAGAAUGAGCAAAUGGCCAUGAAGAUGUUGACAUAUGAACUCAAGAACUGGAGCAAUGCUACCUGCUUGAAACUGGCUGUGUCUGGAGGAUUGCGACCCUUUGUCUCACAUACUUGUACCCAAAUGCUACUGACUGACAUGUGGAUGGGGUGCCUAAAAAUGAGGAAGCACUCUUGGUUAAAGAUCAUCAUAAGUAUUCUUUUACCGCCCACCAUUUUGACAUUGGAAUUUAAAAGCAAAGCUGAGAUGUCCCAUAUUCCGCAGUACCAGGACUACCAGUUUACACGGUAUUAUGGUGACCAGAACCCCAGCAGUACCAAAGAAAGUGCUUGUGUGAAAGUCUCUGAUGUGGAAAGGGGCACAGAUAAGAAACUAGAUGAAAAUAGACACUUUGAUUUAAAGAGUGAACCCCAAAGCCUCCCAUGGACCAGGAAGUUCUACGAGUUCUACAGUGCUCCGAUCGUCAAGUUUUGGUUUCAUACGGUUGGUCUUAUUGCGAUGAUUAUAUACAGUAUUAAUGACAAUUAAUGAUAAUGUUGGUAAUGAUAUCAUUGAUUUUCCAAUUUGUGAUUAAAAAUAUAGAGGCGUAGUAAAAAAAAAAUUGGAAAGGAUGAGAAAGGAGGUAGAAAAAGGAUUGGAGGAAGAAGCAGAAAGUAUAGAGUGGAAGAUCUCCUACUUUGAGAGUGAAAGAACAAGUAUUUUCUUCUUUGUUGGAGUACUUAGUGUUAGCCCAGCUGGGACUGAG